CCCUUUUUCCCUCCCCAGGCCCUCCUGAGCCCCCUCCCCACCAUGUUCCUGCUGCCCUGCUCCGCACUUGCCCUCCUCCUCCUGAGCUGCCUGGCUCUGGAGCCGCCCCCGCGCCAGCCCUCGCCGUCCAACCCCGCCUUCCUGCGCUUCCAGCGGCAGUUCCUGCUGGGGUACCUGCCGGCGCUGGCCGCCGACUGGCUGCAGGGCCCCCUGCUCUUCCGGCUGCUGCACGGCCGCGGCUUCCUGCGCAGCCAGAUCGCCGCCCUCUACUCCUGCGGCUUCGCCUCCAACCUCGCCUUCGGCCUCGUCUCCGCUGCUUUCGUCGAUCGGCUUGGCCGGAAGAAGUCGUGUGUGCUGUCCUCGGGGCUGUGCUCCGUGUCCUGCCUGCUGCAGCUCUCCCGGGAUUUCCUGGCGCUGGCGGCUGGCCGGGUGCUGGCCGGGCUCGGCACCUCCCUGCUCUUCUCCGCCUUCGAGUGCUGGUAUGUGCACGAGCACCUGGAGCGCCAUGACUUCCCGGCCGAGUGGAUUCCCAGCACCUUCUCCCGCGUGGCGCGCUGGAACAGCGGCCUGGCCGUGGCGGCCGGCCUGCUAGCCCAGCUGGUGGCUGAGGGGCUGGCCCUGGGCCCUGCGGCCCCAUUCCUGGUGGCCGUACCCUUCCUGGCACUCUCGGGGAUCUUCGCUGGGAAAAACUGGGAUGAGAACUACGGGAAGAGCCGGUCCUGCAGUAAGGCUUGUGGGGAAGGCCUUCGGGGCCUCCUGUCCGACCCCCGGCUGCUGCUCCUGGGGCUGGUCCAGGCCCUCGUGGAGAGCAUCCUACUCAUCUUUGCCUUCCUUUGGACGCCUGUCCUGGAGCCGCACGGGAUCCCGCUGGGAAUCGCUUUCUCGGGCUUCACGGCCGCCAGCGCCGUGUUCGGGGCUGCGGCCCUGGCGGCGCUGGUGGCGCUGGGGGCAGCCGGGGGGAUCCUGGGAUCCGCCCGUGGGGACGAGGGGCUGAGGGUGGGGGACGAGGGGCUGCUCGAGGGGGACACCGGGGAGUGA